AUGAAGGAAGAGACUGCGAAGCGCAAGGCUGAGGACGAGCCAUCCUCGCCGAUCGCGACAAAACGGGUCAAGCACAAUGAGUCGGCCGAGCCAGAGAAGAAGCCGGCGAUGAAGCCUAUCCCUUUUCCCGAGAAGCCUGCCGUCAUCGAAGAACGAACCGGCGAGAUCGAGUUCCGAGUGGUCAACAACGACAACGAGCGCGAGUCCCUCAUCAUUCUCACCGGCCUUAAAUGUAUUUUUCAGAAGCAGCUCCCCAAGAUGCCGAAAGACUACAUCGCGCGUCUCGUCUACGAUCGGACCCACUUAUCAAUCGCCAUCGUUAAGAAGCCCCUCGAAGUCGUCGGUGGCAUCACGUACCGCCCGUUCAAGGGCCGCCAGUUUGCCGAAAUCGUCUUCUGUGCCAUCAGCUCCGACCAGCAGGUCAAGGGUUAUGGCGCGCAUCUCAUGUCCCAUCUCAAGGACUACGUCAAGGCCACGAGCGACGUGAUGCACUUCCUCACCUACGCCGACAACUACGCCAUCGGAUACUUCAAGAAGCAAGGAUUCACCAAGGAAAUCACACUCGAUAAAAGCGUGUGGAUGGGUUACAUCAAGGACUACGAGGGCGGUACGAUUAUGCAGUGUUCAAUGCUGCCGCGGAUUCGGUAUCUCGAAAUGGGCCGCAUGCUGCUCAAGCAAAAGGAGUGCGUGCAGGCCAAGAUCCGCGCAUAUUCCAAAUCGCACAUUGUACACAGCCCUCCGAAGGAGUGGAAGUCCGGCGCGAAACCCAUCGACCCGCUUAGCAUCGAUGCCAUCCGCGCAUCCGGCUGGUCCCCGGACAUGGACGAACUCGCGCGGCAGCCUCGCCACGGCCCCAACUACAACCAACUUCUCCAUCUCCUCAACGACCUGCAGAAUCACCAAUCGGCGUGGCCCUUUCUCGUACCCGUCAAUAAGGAUGACGUCGCCGAUUACUACGAGGUCAUCAAGGAGCCCAUGGACCUCAGUACCAUGGAGACCAAGCUCGAGGCGGACCAGUACGCCACGCCCGAGGACUUUAUCCGCGACGCCAAGCUCAUCUUUGAUAACUGCCGCAAGUACAACAACGAGUCCACACCGUACGCGAAGAGCGCCAACAAGCUGGAGAAGUACAUGUGGCAGCAGAUCAAGGCCAUCCCCGAGUGGUCUCACCUCGAGCCGUAG